AUCACCGGAGAAGGACCGCAUAAUCGGCGACAUCUCAGUGCAUCUGUAAAAUGCUUCAAGGACUCUUGUUUGCAACUCUUGCUUAAAUAUUUUAGUUGGUGCAAAUGGGAGGUUGCUGUAGUUCUUCGAGGAAGUCGCAUCUUGUUGGAACACCUGUUUACUAUUAUUGUCCAGAAUCUUUUGAAGAGCUCGGGCCUUCAGGAGCCCGGGCUGGUGUGGGAUCAGCUUUCACCACAGGCCUCUUGGUUGAUAUAGAUUCUGACUCCAUCAAAGGAAGGAUGAGUGGAAGCAGUUUUGAAACGCUAGCGACAUGUGAAGAUCUUGGGGAACCAGACUGUAAAACUCAAGCCAGUUCAGUCAUUCUUUCACCGAGGAAAUCAGAUUUCUCUAAACAGAAAGGAUUGAAGAUAUUGGUAGAUGAAGAGGAGGAAUGUUGUCCUAUUUGCUUUGAAGAUUAUGAUGUUGAGAAUCCAAGACUAACGACAAAGUGUGAGCACGAUUUUCACCUCUCUUGUCUUCUGGAGUGGAUUGAAAGAAGCGAUAGAUGCCCAAUAUGUGAUAAGGAAGUUGUGUUUGAUGAUUGUCUGAACUAGCAUCAUUACUAUCCCCUGGCUUGAAAGUUUAAAAGGUGUGGCGAUUUGUUUGGUUAGUCUACUACAUAAUUAGCAUACAUCUAUUUUGUUUCUUCCUCACACAUAAGUGUUGGGUCUCCACAUUUUCCACUUAGUUUUGUCGAAAUGGUUAUGUUCCUGCCGUUGUGCGAUCAUAUAGAAAGUACAUAACAAAUGUAAAUAUUACCU